UUAACCACGUGAUUUUUUCUAUUACAAAUCUCAAAUUGUGGAGUACAGAGGCAAAUAAAUAAAGAAUGGGUCUUUGUUCCAAACAUUAUGGAGGGCACUGUAAAUAGUACACUAGUACGAGAAGAGUGAAGUAAACAUUGAACAGGGUUGAUAAUUUAUUAAAACAAAAGUUCAGUACACCACAGAAUGGCAAAUAAAACUGCAGGACUUUAUUAUAUGAUCUGCAUAAACUCUUCACGGUAUGAAUGCUGCAUUGUUUGGGGGGGAAAUGUGGUUCUAGUGCCUUUCUUUAGUUGUUUUUUUUAAAUAUAAGCACAGGCAGUGGCGGACUGGCCAGUGUCAGCUUGCCCGAUGGCAAGUGGGCCCCCUAUAUCAAGUGGGCACCUGAUGAAGUGGGCCCCCUUUGUCUCCUGGCAACCAAUAUUUUUAGACCCAGUCCGCCACUGAGCACAGGGCUCUCUGGAGAAGGGUACUGAAUUUAGCUAUUGUGUUGGACAAUAUUAAACCAGAAAAAAUCGAAGUGCUUCUGCUUAAAAUGGCCACUGGGUUUGUUUGCACCUUAACAGCCGCUGUAUUUCAAAGUAAUCAAUUAAGAGGAAGAUGGCAUCAGCAUACAUCUUUUUUAGUUUGACACCAGCCAACUUGUGUAGAUGAAAAAUAACCACUUGAAAGUGUUUUCAGUGUACAGUGAAAACACAUACCACAGUGGAAGCCACAUUCUUCAGCAAGGAAGGUUGCGUGGGAGAAGAUAACCAAAUGAAAAUUCAAUCCCUCCAGAAAACCAUUAUUCUCAUUCCGUUUGAGUUUUCAAAUAAUACAUUCGAUUUCAAUAUCCCUGUUUGGAGAAAACCGAAUUAGCCGCCUUCCCCUCCCGCCGCUUCCUUGGACAAUUGCUCAGAAAGUUGAAUGAGUUAAAAGUAUUUAUCUGCCUCAGUGAGCGUGCUGUUCCCCGGUAACAGCACAUCCAACCUCCCUCCCCUGCGCUUCAGUAUCGCGACGUUUUGCCGCAGUGACCUCAGACGUUUGGAGGUGGAUUGGCCUGAACUUUUUCAGCAACUUCCAGCAACCGGUUGCACUCGGGGCAGGGGGUUGGUUUUGAAGCAGGCAGACACAUCACUGCAAGGCGAACUGCUGCAUUGACAAGUUGUGUGCUCUGACCUGGAUCUUAAAUCUCACCUCGAGAGACUGGAAACUAAGAGCUUCGGUACCUUUCCCCGCCACUUCUGUUCAGAAACGGGCUGUUCUAGCGGAAUAAUUCCAGCUGCCUUAAAAAUGGAAAUGGAGGAUAUGCGUGGCAAGCCUUUGAACAUCUGAAUAUAAAAGAGCUCCAUUUGUCCUGCAAGAUGAAGGCUUAAGUCUUGGCGAUGAACCGGUCAAUAAACAAAGUCCUCUGGCGUUUCCCAGUAACACGUAUUUGGACCGCAUUGUCGUUUGUGAUCCUCCUAAAUGUAUGAUGAAACAGGUUCUUCAUGAAGUGUUACCAAACCUGAGCUGGCAACAGGAAGGCUAAGCCGGAAAGAAGAAAAAAAAAGUACAAUUUUCUUCAAGCCACGGUAGUUAAAUAAUCUGUGAAAUCCGUAUUAUGAAAAUGCCGCAUGGAUCUUCAGAGAGAAGCUUUACAGAUCACGAUCAGCUCGAACAUGGAUAUUUUUGAAAAUUAUUCUACAAAUAAUUAUUAUUAACUUUCAACUGGACUUGCUUGGAAGUUGCUCUCGUGGAGAUUUGUACUUGAUGAAAGAAAUGGUCGUGUAUUUAGUGAAAGCUGUUGUGAGAAACCAGUGUGGAGUAUGACCAGUUUAAAACGUUCCCAGACUGAAAGGGUGGGCAUCAGCGCCACUUCAGUUUAUGGGCCUGAACUAACGAUAGGCUCGCGCUCAGAUGACUUCUAUACAAGGCGAUUCCGAACGCCCAAUGGUACUUUUGGUUCAACGGGGCCACCACGAAGUGAAAGUGCUCACCAUGUCGGUGCAACACCAAAUGUGCCUAAAAUGGGUGUUCGAGCAAGAAUUGCGGAUUGGCCUCCCAGGAAGGAUAUGGGGAUGGACUCUUGCAGAACAAGUGAUCAGGAAUCUGCAGGUAGUCCUGAGGGCACGGUGAUGUCUAUCCACUCCAGUAGCCCAAGCAGCAGGUUGUGCCAAAGUAAUCAAAAUUCACUGGAGUCUUUGUCCUCGAAGAGGGUGCACAGUGAUUAUAGACCAUGCAAGGCACAAGAAAUGGAGAACUUGGACUCUAGGUUUCUUACACCUGAUGGUUACCUCCAGUCCCCUGCAAAGAACCUUCGCAGAAUAAGGCAGCGGAGCAAUAGUGAUAUCACGAUCAGUGAGCUGGAUGUGGACGGAGGAGAAGAGUAUGGAGCUUUGAGCCACAAAAUGGGAGCUGCUAUUCAUCGUGAGUAUGGUAGCACUUCCUCCAUUGACAAGCAUGGUAUGUCAGGAGAUAGUUUUUUUGAUUUAUUAAAGGGUUACAGAAAUGAUCAGACAGAUCAACGCAGCCCAGCACCAGAGCAACUCAGCGAGCUAUUAAAGGCAGAAGCUAAUAAAGCUUAUGGCUCCAGCAUGGACAGUGCCAAACACGACUCGGUUGAUGGUUUCUUUGCACACAGAGGGAGUCCCAGGCCAAUGCACAAAGAAAGAGAGAAACCGCUUAAGAGGAGGUCAAAAUCCGAAACUGGAGACUCUUCCAUUUUCCGCAAGUUGCGCAAUGCCAAAGGUGAGAGUGAGUUGGGCAAGUCGGCAGACUUCGAGGACAGCAAAUCAGAGGACAGUAUGAGGAGCUGGACUGGCCAAAAAUGCUUUGCCCAUUACGAUGUGCAGAGCGUGCUCUUUGACUUGAAUGAAGCUGCGAUGACCAGGCAUAGUGUUAUUAAGAGAAGGAACACCACAACAGGUGCCUCAGCGGCUGCUGCUGCCUCAUUGUCUGCUGGUCCGCUUGCACAUUCGAUCAGCUUCAGCUCUCCAGCAGGAAGCACAGAAGACCUGAACUCAAAAGAGAAUCUCAAUGUAGACUAUGGGGAUGAGAAAAGCAAUGAACUUGUGCUAAGUUGUUCGUACUUCCGGAAUGAGAUUGGCGGAGAAGGAGAGCGCAAGGUUAGCCUCUCCCGGUCGAACUCUGGGUCACUGAGUGGAACUGAAAACAACUCCUUUGAACUUUCCUUGAGCUCGCACUGUACAAAUGCAGGAGUUGCAGUGUUAGAGGUAGCAAAGGAAAACUUGGCUGUGCAUUCUGACAAAGUGAAGCGAUAUAUAGUAGAGCAUGUGGACCUCGGAGCUUACUACUACCGGAAGUACCUCCACCAGAAAGAACACUCAAACUAUUUUGGGGUGGAUGAAAAUUUGGGUCCUGUGGCAGUGAGCAUUAGACGGGAAAAAUUGGAGGACAGUAAGGAGCAUGGACCUCAGUACAACUACCGAAUCAUCCUGAGAACAAGUGAGCUGACUACAUUGCGAGGUUCUGUUUUGGAAGAUGCAGUUCCUUCAACAGCCAAGCAUGGCACCGCCAGAGGUAUACCUAUGAAAGAAGUACUUGAAUUUGCUGUCCCAGAACUUAGUGUCAAUUGCCUGAGACUGGGACUGAAUACUCCUAAAGUUACAGAUCAACUCAUGAAAUUAGAUGAACAAGGACUUAGUUUCCAGCACAAAGUGGGUGUCAUGUACUGUAAAGCUGGUCAGAGCACAGAAGAGGAGAUGUACAACAAUGAAGUGGCUGGUCCAGCAUUUGAAGAGUUUCUCCAAGUGCUGGGGGAUAAAGUUCGUCUCAAGGGCUUUGAUAAGUACCGAGCACAGCUGGAUACAAAAACUGACUCAACUGGUACCCAUUCCCUCUACACAACCUACAAAGAUUAUGAGAUCAUGUUUCAUGUCUCCACUCUGCUUCCUUAUACACCAAACAACAAGCAGCAGCUGCUAAGGAAACGGCACAUUGGGAAUGAUAUUGUGACCAUCGUACUGCAAGAGCCUGGGGCCAUGCCCUUCACCCCGAAGAACAUUCGCUCCCAUUUUCAGCAUGUCUUUGUCAUUGUAAGAGUGCACAACCCUUGCACUGAGAAUGUCUGCUACAGUGUUGCUGUGGCAAGAUCGAAAGAUGUGCCUGCAUUUGGACCACCUAUUCCCAGUGGAGUCACCUUCCCCAAGUCGACAGUCUUCCGGGACUUCUUGCUAGCAAAAGUGAUCAAUGCAGAAAAUGCAGCUCACAAGUCCGAAAAGUUCCGUGCCAUGGCGACAAGGACAAGGCAGGAGUAUUUGAAAGACCUGGCAGAGCACAGUUGCACUAACACACCCAUUGAUCCUUCCGGAAAAUUUCCUUUUAUUUCUUUGGCUACAAAAAAGAAAGAGAAAUCAAAGCCUUACCACAAUGCGGAAAUGUACAGUUUAGGAGCCAUUGUAUGGAAUGUCCACGCGGAGGACUACAGCUGUGCUGCUGAGAUUGACUGUUUGCUGGGUAUCUCAAAUGAAUUUGUGGUACUUAUUGAAGAGAGCUCCAAGCAGGUGGUGUUUAAUUGUUCCUGCAGGGAUAUUAUAGGCUGGACUUCAAAUCUCACAACCAUUAAAAUCUUCUAUGAACGUGGAGAGUGCAUUUUUGUCAGGACUUUUAAUAAUAACGUCGAAGAAAUUAAGGAGAUAGUCAGAAGACUGGAGGUGACCACAAAGGGAUGCGACACAGUUGAGAUGACAUUAAGGAGAAAUGCGCUCGGCCAGCUUGGUUUUCAUGUCAACUAUGAAGGGAUUGUGGCCGACGUUGAACCCUAUGGCUACGCCUGGCAAGCAGGGCUGCGGCAGGGGAGCCGACUAGUGGAGAUCUGCAAAGUUGCUGUGGCUACUCUAACCCAUGAACAAAUGAUUGAUCUGUUGCGAACAUCUGUAACUGUUAAAGUUAUCAUCAUUCCACCCCAUGAAGAUAGCACUCCUCGCAGGGGCUGUUCUGAGAUGUACCGCAUGCCCGUGAUGGAAUACAAAGUAAACAAUGAAGGGAUUCCAUACGAGUUUAAAUUGCCAUUCAGAAAUAGCAAUAAGUGGCAGCGGGGCAUUCCGCCAUCCCAUAGUACAGUUCAACUGCAAUCACAGACACAAAGCCAAGCUGCAAACAGGAUGAUAUCUGCAUCGGGCAGCAGGGCCCAGCCACAAGAGCGCAACUCAGCCAUGCCACGCAGUGCUUCUAGUGAUGGACGUUCAUUGGACACUAAAAGGUUGAUAUCUUCAAUGGACAGUCCUUACGUCUCCGCAGCAUCAGUGUCUAUGGGACGAAACCAGCAUAACCGCAAUUCUCCCAGCAAUCUGUCUUCUUCCAGUGAUGCAGGAUCCGGUGGUGGCAGUCAUCGAAGGCAGAAGUCCAUCCCUGAUGGAUUUGGUCUGAACCGGCGAUCUCCUGGGUCCGUUGACCGUCUGAGUUUUAAUGAGGGCGGCAGUAGCGGUAAAUCCACACCCAUUUGGCAGAAAAGUGAGGAUGGUGGCAUGGAGAAAACCACAACAGAGCCAACCUGGCACAUUCCAUCGGUGUCGAAGGUAACAUCUGCACUCAGAGAUAGCCCCAGUGGGAGGUUGGUGAGACAGGAAGUUGUGGACCAUGUUUCUCCCGUCAAACAUGGACAGUGUGAUAAUCCAUAUUCAAGUCAUUCAAGCAGCAACACACUUUCCAGCAAUGCUUCAAGUGCUCACAGUGAUGAAAAAUGGUAUGACACAGGGGACCGGACGGAGUCUGAACUAAAUGGUUAUAACUACAUCCAGGGCACGUCUGCAGACAGCGGCAUUGAUACAGCCUCUUAUGGACCAUGUCAUGGCAGCAUGUUAUCCGCAGGGACCUCAGCUGCUGCAACAAAUUCUUUGAGGUCUGCACCACCAAAAGAGAAAGCUUCCCCCUGGCCCGGUUCAAAUGACAGCGGCAUGCAUUGCAGCCGAUUAGGAGAUCGGAGCUCCCUCAAUUACGAGAGGAGAGGAGCACUCUCACCAGCACCAAGCACAGAAAGUCAAAGUAGAUGUUAUGGAGGCUUGGUCCACAGUACUUCAAGUGCAUCAGCUCAAGAAAGUAGAACAUACAGUCUGAGUGAUACUUCCUCUCAGUCAAGUACUCUGAGUUCAAGGCAUUCCAUAAGCCCAGUGGUCUUUACACACAGUAGGAGUUCACCCCACGAUGAGACCCGACCAACUCCUUCACCCCAGGGAUCACACCAUUCAUCCUCCACAUCUGGGCCCAGAACAUUUUAUCCUCGCCAAGGAGCAACCAGCAAAUAUCUAAUAGGCUGGAAAAAGCCAGAAGGGACAACCAUUAACUCUGUUGGAUUUGUGGAUACAAGAAAGAAAUAUCCUGCAGAUUAUAAUAUCUGGUGGAACGACAGGUAGUUGAGUAUUCAAGAGAUGUUCGAGCAACAAGCUUUUGAAAUGCCAAUGUUUGCUAGUCUUUGGGCCACGCAUGAGAUUUUAUUUGUCAUGUUGAUUGCGGUAUAAGCAAUUUGAGCAUGGGCUUUGUUGUGCAAAUUGUGAAUGGCAUGAAAGCACUUGACAGACCGCUAAGGGAUAAAUGGGGCUCUGUAAACACUGUGUACAUUUUUAAAGAGUCACCCUUCCAUACUUUUAAUUGUGAGUUUACCGUUUACUUUAUAUUGAAUGUUACAGAAAGAUAUAUUCUAGAGUAAAAUUACUUUUCUAUUUAAAUACUUGGGUCUAAUUAUUAAUUUUCCAUUUUUUAAAUAAAGAGAUGGAUUAAAUGUUCAGAACCAAGCACAUUAGGGCAAGAGAAAUAAAAAUCCAAAAUGUUGCAAUUGUUGGAAAUCUAAAGCAAAACAAGAAAUUCUAGAAACACCGUAGACUUACAUUAAACUCCUUUACCAUUCCUCAGCCAACUUGCCCAAUUGAUCAAGAUCUUGCUGCAAUUUUUGAUACCACCCACUUUAGUGUCAUCUACAAACUUACUAAUCAUGCCAUUUACAUUCUCAUCCAAAUCGUUGAUCAAAGUCACAAACCGAAACGGCACCAUUCCCUAACAUUCACCAUGGGUCACACGCCCCCAGUCCAAAAAAUAACCUUACACAGUCAACCUCUGCUUCCUUCCAUGAAGCCUAUUCUCUAUCCUGUCAGCUAGCUCUCCCUGGAUCCCGCGCGAUCUAACCUUCCUGAGCAGCCUACCAUGUGGAACUUUAUCAAAUGUCAUUUAUACCGACAUGCAUAACAGCUUCUGGCUGCUCACUCUCCCCCUUGAGAAUGUCAUGCAGCUGCUCCGGGACAUACUGGAACCUAGCACUGGGAAGGGAAUACACCAUCCUAGAGUCUCAGGUGCUGCCACAGAAUCUCCUGUCCACCUCCCAAACUACCGAGUCUCCUACCACUAUAGCUCUGCUUGACAUUACCAUUUCGCGUUCUGCCUCCGACUCAGACUCGAUAUCACAGGCCUGACUGCUACUACUGCUCACCCCGAAUGGGUCAUCCCACUCAACAGCAUCCAAAAGGGGAUACUUGUUUUGAAUGGGAAUGGUCACCGGGAUCACCUGCACUUUGUGUCCACUCCGUUUCCUCCUGUUCACCUGAACCUUGGGUGUGACCACGUCAUUAUAACUCCCAUCUAUGAAGCUGUCAUUCUCUCCAAUAAUCCCGAGGUCAUCCAGCUACUGCUCCAGUUCCCUACUGCGGUCUUUAAAGAGCCGCACAUGGACACAAUUCAUCAACAUAGACACCAGACAGAUGUCAUCAACAGAGAUACCUACAGAUUCCCUGUGAGACCAAUCCCAUCAUUCUCAGUUCCCCGCUUAUUUUCCUGCAUCUAUUCUCUCUCAAGUAGCCUUAAUACAACUCAGAUUCUUCUCUCCCAAAUUGGAUAUUGUGCAGUAGUAAAUGGAUCUGCCGACCAGUAUUUUUGGGGAAAUGUAAAGAAAUCAGAACACUGGGGGGGGAGGGGAUGGUCACAUGUAGAGUGUGCAAACUCCACCUGGAUUGUUUGUGUGAGGCAGUAGUACUAACUACUGUUGUACCCAUAACAAUCAGAGAGCUUGGUGCCCUUUCUCUGACCAUUGAUGCAUGUCAACCUACUGUGGAAUAAUACAGAUUUCCAACAUCUGCAGUAAUUAGCUUUGGAGUGAACUUGCAUUUCAUCUACGUCUUGACCUGCAUUAGUUGUGCAGUCAGAUACAUUAUGCAUAUCCAGAAUAGGGCCACAUUGCCAACAGCGUGGUGCUCAAGAGGUAGACAGGACUAAAAACAUUUAUUGUUAUUCAGAUGGAUUACCGCAGGCUUUAAGUACAUGCUAUCAAUGAGCUGAAGAAUGGAUGAGCUUCAGUAGAUGACAGGGGAAUAGUUUAAGGAUGUACUAAAACACAGUCCCGACUCUAUAUGGCUGUGAUGCAAAGAACAGCAGGGGCUGUAAAUGAUGUUGUAGCUAAAAUAGCACUCAAAUACAUUGGCCGACUUGGAAAUAGAAUGUUGUUAGCUGAAGGAGGAGAAACAUUUGGUGCAGUAAUAAUGUUUACAUUAUUGUGCUCUGAGGUCCACCUCAGUGCUUUGUGAAUUGUAAUGCGCUAAAGAAAACAUACUCAAUCAGUUAAUCUUUCAAAGGAUACAAUUUAUUUGAACUAUUCUUGGUAAUUAGACAAAAUUCUUAGCUUCGGCAAUAAGCUUAAAGACAUGCAAACGUUUAGUCCACACUGCAGAAAGAAUUUAAACAUGUGCCAGAAGUUCCAGUAAUGUAUGUGAUCUUUAAAGCAAGAUACAGCAGUUUUAAUGGAAGAGGUUUUGCUUAUUGCCGACUUUCUCUUCCAUUAAUGUUUCUUAUUUAUUUAUGUGCAGUGAUACGCUGCAAUGGCCAUAGAGUCAUAGUCAUGCAGCACAAAGAUAGGCCCAUCGACCAAGUUGUUCCAUCUAAGCUAGUCCGAUUUUAGAAAAUGCAAUUUGCAAAACAUUAGUGCUGUCAUUUACUCUAAGAAUGAAUUUUACAAAUCCUUAAGGCUUUAAGGCAUUUGUUCAUGUGUUGCCUUUUCCCAUACAAUUUCAGAAUGUGCUGAUAAUAUUUAUUUAUAAUGCACCUAGCAUUAUCAAAUCAUUGCAGGGUUGAUGGCUGCAUCAUAUGCUUUAAAAUUAUGUGAGCGCAUGCUUUCACUGUGGAACUACGUUAAUUGUAAAUGACCAUACGCUAAAAUAAUUUCUGUAUCGUGUUUGUGCAUGUACACAGAGAAAAGAACAUUCCCUUUUGCAACUAUAUGAUAAAUUGACUGGUCAACAUUUAUUCACACAAUUGUUUUAAUCAACUGCCUGUGAGUCAUGAAUGUUUGUAAAUGAGUGCACUAUUUUUUGAAGGAUGCCUGGGUUGAAAUACAUCCUCCUUGUUAACAAUUUGUUGGAAAGUUCCAUCACCUGCUUGUGCAGAAAUUAAAAAAAGUUUACUUUUUAAAAAUGAAUAGGAAAUUGCCGAAUUAUCAGGAACAAGGCCUUAUCAUUCUGAGCUUGAAAGAUUCCUGGGCAGAAUGUAAGAAAUCUUCGGAAUUCUCUAACUGCAAGCUGUGUGUACUCAGUCAUUGCAUAAUUUUUAGACUGAUUUUUGAUUACUAAAGUAAAUAGAGGAUAUGGACAGCAGACAGAAAAGUGAAUGGGAAACUGCUCUUUGGAGUGAGAAAAAAAGAGCAAUGCACUUUCUAACUGGCGAGAUCAGAAAAUUUGAAGCAGUGAAAUCUUGCAGAGGAAUCGUGAGAACCGUACAAAGUAUUUGAUAUUUUUUAAUGGAAAGAUACAAUUUCCUUUUACCCGCAGAAGAGCAGAAAUUUGAUUUCAUACUAGAUUCUAGUGAGAAUUCAACAGAGGAGAUGCAAAAGCUCACACCGUAUGUAACUGGAAGGAGAUAUUGAAGUCUAGAUUUAGUGUUAAAGUGACAAGGCUGAAAGAGAUAAAAUAAGGAAAAGUUGUGUGGGCUAGGUUUGUAUUCCCUGAAGUGUAGAAAAUUGAAGGCUGAUAUGAGAGAUGUUCGAAUGAGUAAAGAAUCCGAGAGGAUGAACAGAGGGACACUAUUUCCUCUGAUUAGAACAAAGGGUCUUAACUUUAAAAUUAGAACUGCGCCAUUCACGAAUAAUAUCAGGAACUAAUUCUCCAUGUAUGUGGGAUUGGGAAUCUGGAACAAAACCAAAAUGUUGAGAUGCUCAUCUGCUCAGGAAGUAUCUGUAGAUUUUUGUUCAAAGCCUGGUGGCUUAAAAGUCUUUUACGAGUCAUAAGAGUUUUGAAGCCCUUUAAAUCCAGGAAAUGGGAAAUAAAUCAAUAACAUUUUAGAUGCAAAUAAAUCUUUGUUCUAAAGGAUUCCGGUAUUUUGGUCUAUUUAUGGACACCUAAAUUGAAUCCUGCAAAUGAUCCAAAAAUCCUUAGAGAGCACCAUUGGUGGCAUUCUUUCCUAACUGAUAAAGUAAUAUUAACCACUUAUUUGUAGUCUCCCCAUUUUAAUCCCAUUUUUAUUCCUCUUUGCAUUCUCAUCAAUUUGCCGCAGAUUCACUUGCACACGAGGGGCAAUUUACAGUGGCCAAUUAUCCUACCAACCCGCCCGAAUUUGGAAUAUGGAGAAAUCCAGAGAACCCAAGGGAAACUCAUGCACUCAAUGGGAGAAGGUGCAAACUUGCACAGAUAGCAUCCUCUAGCUGUGCCCCUGUACAGCCCUGUCAACUCAACGGUGGUUGAAAUAAUUGCAGGCAUACAGAAAAGUGGAACUGUAAUUGUAUUUAGCAAAGUAAAUAACUCAGACAGAAAUGAUUUAGCAGGUUGAAAAGAUGGUAAAUUUGUGUCUAUUUUGACAGCUUGUUAUAUAAUGAAUAUCCUAUUUGCUGUUUCAGAGCCCUUGAGGCUUCGGGACAUAACUGAUAUGUAUCGCUUGAAGCUCUGCAAUUUACCAUCUCUGAAGCAUUGCAAUAUUUUCCACUUUUCAUCCCAGUUGGACCACCUUACCAAUUCAAAUGUUGCCUUGCCAAUGAUCUGGUGCUGAAUAAAAAGAUCCUAGCUUGUAAUAA